CAAACUCAGAAAUUUUCGCACAUUGAAUAGUACAAUAUCGUGAGGUUAUUACUUGCUGCUGAACGAGACCGAACCCUAGCCCCCGGCAAACGGCCUAGGAAAAAAAACAGUACUAAUCUACUCUCCCAACUCCGCUUGUGCGCAUCCCCGGCGUAUCCAGCCAACCAUACGUUACGUGGAUAUCUUACACCUGCCCGAGUGUACGCCGCGCGGUUCCCCCAGUUUGACUAUUAAUUCUGCUGCUGCUUCCAUCGUCAGAUUUUUAGCAAUGGCAGCUAGAAUUAUUGCACAGCUGAUUGUGAUGGGUUCUGGGAUCAUGGCAAGAGCAUUUGUUCAAGCAUAUCGCCAAGCACUGGCAAAUGCUUCGAAAACGGGGGCUGCUCAAGAAGUGGCCCAAAAUAUCAGAAGAGGAAGCAAAAUCAUGGCAGAAACCGAGGCAAGGCAAAUCCUUGGUGUCACGGAAAAAUCAACGUGGGAAGAGGUCUUGCAGAAAUAUGAUAACUUGUUUGAGAAAAAUGCAAAGAGCGGGAGCUUCUAUCUUCAAUCAAAAGUCCAUAGAGCAAAAGAAUGUCUAGAAUCAGUGUACCAAAGUAAACCACCAGAAGCCAAUUAGAGAGUAUUAUUAUCGCUGAUACUUAUGUGGUGUAUGGUAUGAGGUGUGUUUGUUUCAUGAGAUCAUUUAGAAUCUUUCUUGGCAUUUCUUUUAGCCACGGAAGUGCGCAUUUUAGAAAUAACAACCAAGUCAGUUCUCUGUGAUGGACACCCAGAGAGGGAGAGGGGCAAGCGGAGAGAUAUUGUUAAUUUUUGUAUACAGUAAUUGAUGAAAGGCCUAUAUAAAGCGAGAUCAAAUGUGCCCUUUUCCAUGGACUGUGCAGAAGAUUUUAGGGGCUUACAGCGAAAAUUAUAAAAGGGUAUUUUAUUUUUUGAGAAGAGUAUUAUUGGAUUCAUAUUCAAAACUUGGGGCUUAUGCAUUCACAUUCACAAUGUAUAAUAAUGCACAGGAGAAUAAAUUUUAUACAUUAAGGAGAAGUGUAUUGAUAUAAAUGUUUGUCAUAUAUAUAUAUAUACAUCAAGAAGUUUAUUGAUA